AUGGAUGCUGCGGGAAGGGGCUGCCAUUUGCUGCCCCUGCCAGCGGCGCGCGGACCUGCCCGAGCUCCUGCGGCCGCCGCCGCCGCCGCCGCCAGCGCCGACCGCCGGCCGGGCCUCUGCAGCGACGCCGCCUCGGCUCCCUCCGCGGCCGCCAGAGCGGUCGCCAUGAACCCCAGCUCCUCGGCGGGAGAGGAGAAGGGGGCGACGGGCGGCAGCAGCAGCAGCGGAAGCGGCGCCGGGAGCUGCUGCCUGGGCGCCGAGGGCGGCGCGGACCCGCGGGGCGUCGGGGCAGCGGCUGCGGCGGGGGCCGCUGCCCUGGAAGAGCCCGCGGUCGCCGGCCAGAAGGAGAAGGACGAGGCGCUGGAGGAGAAGCUGAGGAACUUAACUUUCCGGAAGCAGGUCUCUUACAGGAAAGCAAUCUCCCGGGCAGGCCUCCAGCAUCUGGCUCCCGCACAUCCUCUCAGCCUUCCCGUGGCAAAUGGUCCAGCCAAGGAGCCCAGAGCAACUCUGGACUGGAGUGAGAAUGCCGUGAAUGGGGAGCACCUCUGGCUGGAGACCAAUGCCUCAGGCGACCUCUGCUACCUGGGAGAGGAGAACUGCCAAGUCCGAUUUGCAAAAUCGGCUCUCAGGAGGAAGUGUGCGGUCUGUAAAAUCGUGGUCCACACCGCCUGCAUCGAGCAGCUAGAAAAGAUUAAUUUCAGAUGUAAGCCAACGUUUCGAGAAGGAGGCUCAAGAUCACCAAGAGAAAAUUUUGUGCGUCAUCACUGGGUGCACAGGCGCCGGCAGGAGGGGAAAUGUAAGCAGUGUGGUAAGGGCUUCCAGCAAAAGUUCUCCUUCCACAGUAAAGAGAUCGUGGCCAUCAGCUGUUCCUGGUGCAAGCAGGCGUUUCACAAUAAGGUGACCUGUUUCAUGCUGCAUCACAUCGAGGAACCCUGCUCCCUGGGGGCUCAUGCUGCUGUUAUAGUCCCGCCCACCUGGAUCAUUAAGGUGAAGAAGCCUCAGAACUCCCUGAAGGCUUCAAAUCGGAAGAAGAAGAGAACAAGCUUUAAAAGAAAAGCCAGUAAAAGAGGAACCGAACAGGAAAAUAAAGGUCGUCCUUUUGUCAUAAAACCUAUCUCUUCUCCUCUCAUGAAACCCUUGCUUGUAUUUGUGAACCCCAAGAGUGGAGGCAACCAGGGAACCAAAGUCCUGCAGAUGUUCAUGUGGUAUCUGAAUCCACGGCAAGUCUUUGAUCUUUCUCAGGAAGGGCCAAAAGAUGCGCUUGAGCUGUAUAGGAAGGUACCUAAUCUGCGAAUUCUGGCCUGUGGUGGGGAUGGAACGGUGGGCUGGAUCCUUUCUAUCCUGGAUGAGCUGCAGCUGAGCCCCCAGCCUCCUGUUGGGGUCCUUCCUCUGGGGACUGGAAAUGAUCUGGCUCGAACUCUCAACUGGGGCGGGGGUUACACGGAUGAGCCUGUCUCUAAGAUCCUAUGCCAAGUAGAAGAUGGGACAAUUGUCCAGCUGGAUCGCUGGAACCUCCAUGUGGAAAGGAACCCGGACUUGCCUCCGGAAGAGCUUGAAGAUGGCGUGUGCAAGCUUCCUCUGAAUGUUUUCAACAAUUACUUCAGCCUUGGAUUCGAUGCUCACGUCACACUGGAGUUCCAUGAAUCCAGAGAGGCAAAUCCAGAGAAAUUCAAUAGUCGUUUCCGAAAUAAAAUGUUCUAUGCAGGGGCAGCUUUUUCUGAUUUUCUACAGAGAAGUUCUAGAGAUCUAUCCAAACAUGUUAAAGUUGUUUGUGAUGGAACAGAUCUCACCCCAAAGAUUCAGGAACUGAAGUUCCAGUGUAUAGUAUUUUUAAAUAUACCCAGAUAUUGUGCAGGCACAAUGCCCUGGGGAAACCCGGGAGACCACCAUGACUUUGAGCCUCAACGCCAUGAUGAUGGCUAUAUUGAAGUCAUUGGUUUCACCAUGGCCUCUUUGGCGGCCCUGCAAGUUGGGGGCCAUGGAGAGAGGCUGCACCAGUGUCGUGAGGUCAUGCUUCUGACUUACAAGUCCAUCCCCAUGCAAGUGGACGGCGAGCCCUGUAGGCUGGCCCCCGCCAUGAUUCGCAUCUCCUUGAGGAAUCAGGCCAACAUGGUACAGAAGAGCAAGAGGAGAACCUCCAUGCCUUUACUCAAUGAUCCCCAGUCUGUCCCAGAUCGCCUGAGGAUCCGGGUGAACAAAAUCAGUUUACAAGACUAUGAAGGAUUCCACUACGACAAAGAGAAACUUCGGGAAGCUUCCAUUCCUCUGGGUAUUCUAGUUGUGCGUGGAGACUGUGAUUUGGAGACUUGCCGUAUGUACAUAGACCGCCUGCAGGAGGACUUGCAGUCGGUUUCUUCUGGUUCCCAGAGAGUUCAUUACCAGGACCAUGAAACCUCCUUCCCUAGGGCGCUCUCAGCUCAGAGGCUGUCCCCUCGGUGGUGCUUCCUAGAUGCAACUUCUGCUGAUCGCUUUUAUCGAAUAGACAGAUCUCAGGAACAUUUGCACUUUGUGAUGGAGAUUUCCCAAGAUGAGAUUUUUAUUCUCGACCCAGAUAUGGUGGUGUCACAGCAGGCAGGGACACCUCCCGGCAUGCCUGAUCUGGUGGUGGAGCAGGCCUCAGGGCUGGCAGAUUGGUGGAAUCCCGCCCUGCGGAAACGCGUGCUGAGUGAGAGCGGGCUGGGGAUGAUAAGUCCCCAUUACGAGGACUCGGAUCUGAAAGACCUCAGCCACUCCCGAGUGCUACAGUCACCAGUCUCUUCUGAAGAUCAUGCAAUUUUGCAGGCAGUAGUAGCUGGUGAUCUUAUGAAGCUGAUAGAAAGUUAUAAAAAUGGAGGCAGUCUGCUGAUCCAGGGACCAGACCACUGUUCACUGCUGCACUAUGCAGCCAAAACCGGCAACGGGGAGAUUGUGAAAUACAUCCUGGACCACGGACCUUCCGAACUAUUGGACAUGGCAGACAGUGAAACGGGUGAGACCGCACUGCACAAGGCCGCCUGCCAGCGGAACCGGGCUGUGUGCCAGCUUCUGGUGGACGCAGGAGCAUCUCUGAGAAAGACGGACUCCAAGGGUAAAACACCUCAAGACAGAGCACAGCAGGCCGGGGACCCAGAUUUGGCUGCUUACCUAGAAAGCCGCCAGAACUAUAAGAUCAUUGGCCAUGAGGACCUGGAAACUGCUGUUUGACCCUGGUCGGUGGGCCAAGAGAAUGUGAGUAAGCAAAUCACCUGUGCCCUCCUGGCAGUCGGCAGCUCCCUUGGAAGAAGCUGAUGGAAUCCACGUAUCUGUCUCUCUCCUGCAAGUAUCUAUCUGAGACCAUGCCACCGGUUUUUAAGGGCUACCAAGAUGAACAUGAUAGCCCAUUGAGAAGGAGGCAGGCUACCUGGAGAUUUGUGGAAUGCCAUUUCCACAAAAUUUGAUCCUUAUUGCUUCCAGCAAGUAGCAUGAACUGUGUUCACCUGUAUAAUUUAUUUUACAGAUUCAAAGGAUGUUUGUAUAAAAGGCACUGCUCCCUCCUCGCCCCAUGCAUUCAUUUUCCCCCCAUCCCACAAAAUUCUACUGUAAUUACCAUCAACUUAAAAAAAAAUAUGCUAUCUCUUCUCUUUACAUUCAGUCUUUGAAGACCUCAAGAUUGUCUGAAGGUCUUUUAAAAACCCUCUGGCUGUUCUGCAGAAAUAUUACUAUAAAACCACUUCCAUUUCCAAGACUUAAUAUACUGAGACUACUUAGUGACUCUUUGCAUGCCUUCCCAUCCCCCUCCUGUUUCAUCAUAUAGGAGCUGGAAAGUGCCACAUGGAUAACAUCAACUUGUGGGCUAAUCUCUGAGGUCUGGUGAGGUGGCAUGGGAGCUGUCUGUGCUCAGAGGUACCUCAGAAAGGUUACCCAGGGGUCAGCCCAGGCUGCUGGGCUGUUGCCGAUAGCCACGCAGGACCGGUUCAGCUUGGGCUGUUGGUACAGCUCCGUACUGCCUAUGUGUAGCCAUCUUUGCCUUUUGCUGCAGUAGAGAUGAGCAAAGGAUUAAACAAAGGCCCAUAGCUAGUUUGCAGAACCACUCAAUUUCAAGUGCUGUUUAAAUUGCAGGGCAGAAAACCGUGUGGGAACUGUGGUUACAGGAAAUGGAGCACUCUAACAACGUUUACUUCUAGUCUUUGUUGAGUGAUAAUAGAAAGCAACCUAAUCGGCUUGGGAAAAAAGAGAAAACAGCAAAAGCAGAAGUAGCAACAUAUGUCAAGAUAAUACACUCGAGCAAGAAAACAGUCAUUGGAAUGUUGCACAGAGGCUAAUAACUAUAGACUCUUGGAUCCAGCAGGGAGAGGGGGUCCAUUUAAGGUUUCCUUCUAGGUUUCCUUUUCAUGAUUUCAAGGAAGUCUUGACCCAAGGACAAGGCCUUGUUUAACAUACCCCACUGCCAGAUUUCCAGAAUGUCUGGCUCUUUCUGAUGGAUGCUUCAUUUAUUGCUUGUCAGGUCUCGAGCACAUACCUGAGAACCCCAUUUCCAAGUAUGGGGUAGUCUAAUAUAUUCCUUUCUCUGCAGGCAGUUCUUAGUGCAAACCACUGUAGGAGUCUAGCCAGAAGUGUCUGGUAGUGGAAUUGCAACAUCUAUUCAUGCCAUGGAUCAGAUGGGACUCUGUGAUAACUAAAAUAUCAGGAGAAAAAGUCUUCUAACAUUCUGUCCAAAUGUCUACUUGACUUGGGUGUAAGUCAAAAAUAAAAGCAGGUGUUCAAGGUUUCACUUCUGGCUAAAUCUGGUAUCUCCUGAGCUUCCUCCAUUUUGCUUCUGGACACAGCAAAUGGUCCCGUAGUGUUUCUGCUUGUGACCAUUAAUGAUCAUUUCUCUGCGUUUAAUGUAAAGGACCAGUGGCGACAUGCUGUUUGUUUGAAUCACAUCUUGGUCACGUAUCAUCAUUUUGAAAGUGUGGAUAUAAUAUAUACUGUAUUAGGUCAGAACUGUCUUUCGGUGGACGGGAAUUUUAUUGAGCACAGUUUCUCCUCAGUCACUUCGAAACCAAAUUUUGGCAUCACUUCCAGCUGUGGGAGAAUGGGUUGGCUAUGAGUAAUCUGUUUCCAUCUAUCAGCCUCAGACCUGGAGCUCUCUCUUGGAUCUUACAGUGAGGGAAGGAGGGGCUGCUGUAGAUUGUUUCCAGAAGCUGAGGGAAAAAUAUAUGCUCCAGGAGAGUUUAAUUACUGAGCUUCUGCAGGGAGUGUUUCAGUUGGUGGGACUGUCAAGGAAACAUUGUGAUGACAGAAAUAUAAUAUAAUCCUUAAAACAGACUGGUAUCUGGCUUUGAAUGGUGCCUUCCAUUCCCUGGAUUGAGCCAGACAUUUGGCCAGGCAGGCAGUUACCCAGCUGCCACUAUUGGGAUGAAGAACUCCGUUUUCAUCAGCUACCAUCUCAGAUUUCUCUGUGAGUGCUUUAAAGCAUCCCAGAGAAAAUUUAGGGUACAGGUGGCUAUGGGCCAAUUCAAAUAGUUCCAAUGGAAGACACAAAUAAACCCCUGGUAUGAAGACUGAUGAAGUACUGACUUCUGUAAGGGUCCUGGUGCAUCUGGAAACUGUUCAGGAAAAAAAAAAAAAAAAAGGCAUUAGAGUCCUGCAGUAUUGAUGGGGAGCAAUAUGUGAGCUAUCUCUUUGAAAAAGCAAACACCUCCAGGAUUUGGGAUUUAAAAAAAAGGGGGAGCAGAACAUAUUUAGUGGCUUCAACAUUGAAUCUACCUCCUGUGGCAUUUUUUUUUUUAAUUGAUUGCUGUGUGUGAAAGUUUGGGCUUUAGAAAGAGCUAAAGCCAUAUGGUCCAUGAAUUUCCAUCUCAGCUUAGGUAUUUUGUAUCCCCUUUAGUGGGCCAUGAACCCAGCCAGUGGUCUGGUCCUGGUCUGAAGACCCACAUAACUUGGACCUAUAAAUCUGUACCUAUAAAAAUGCUAUUAUAAAGCCUGCGGGACAGUUCUGCAAGGAGUGGCCGCCUAGCUAGCUGGCAUUACUGUGUUUAACUCUUCAUGGGUGGCACUGUCCACUCUGUGAUUCCACUUCCAGAUUAGGCUGGUAGAGAGAUAGAAAAUGGAGAAUUACUUAAAGACAACAUUCUGAACCAUAAAGGUAGUCAUUUUUGGAACUUCACAUUUCCAUAUUAUGCUAUUAAUGGAAUACAGCACAAUCAAGCUGGGCUUUGUCACAUUCGAGGACUUGAUAAAGAACAGAAUUGCUGAACCAACAAGGGAAUAAGCACCAUAACUGGGAAUUUUGCUUUGAGAUUUCUGGUUACCUCAACAGAGGCGAUGGCCGAAAACCUGUGCAAGUUCUGAGAUGGAAUUUAGCUGGUAAGUGCCCAGCUGUGAGGUUGUUCCUGACUGGUGGACAGCCUCUGAGCCCCAUUGCUGCAUAUCUUUUCAUAAUUGCUGCAGAUCCGUGGGUGUCAGAGAUACUCACCGUGUAGUUCCUUUUCAUGUGGACCUGGUAAUGGUCCCUUGCCUAAAGGAUUUCUGAAAUUUAAUUGCUAGAAUCCCCAUGAUAUUCAUGUCUUAGAAAAUGUGGGGCAACAGUUUUCAUUUUGUGACAAACUGAUUUUAUUAACAGUAUUUAGAUUUCUUUUUAUUUAUGAGAGUAGCACAUGCUGUUUGAAACAAGUCGUAAUACCCCAGAAGGGUAUCCCAUGUCAUGUCAAGGUAUCCCUCUGUUCUGGUGUCCGGUCUCAGUCCCCAGAGAGAAGCACUGUUCACAUUGAUGAACACAGUUGCUUGUAUGUUACAUCAGAAACACCCUGCUCACACACUCAUGUAUGCACACACACAUUCACACACAAAUACAGAAGUCUGUUUGGAUACAUAGAUGUGCCUGUGUACCAUGCACAUACAUGUAUUGCAUAGGUUUAAAAAUAGAAAACAGUGGAAAAGCACAUCAGUCAUCCUUAUAUGUACAGUUAACACCAACAGGCAAAGAGAGUAAGGUAACAGAAUUUUCAUUUAUUUUUUGUUUCCAUCAUUACUGAGCUUAGUUCUGUCACCACAUCACUAUAGUUAUAUGUGACAUUUGCUAUUGGCUGUGUCAUAAAAUCCAUGACCAAGCAUCUGAUAAUUAUUUAUGUUGAUGUCCACAAAACACAGAACCUGCUUCAGCCCUGGGGCUGGUGUGUGCUAUUUUAAGGUCUCAAAUAGAGAAAGAAGAGUUCUUUCUUCUCUUGCACACACCACUUUUUAAGGCUGAGUUUACAAGACUAACUCUUCUUAGAUUGCCUAAUGAUGUUUGAUUAGGGCAAGCUACUGGCAGGAAAGGGUAGUAACUCAGAUAUGGUCUGGAUUCUGACCAACUUGUCUUCCAGUAGGAGCAGCUAAUGAAAUCACCAAGAACAGCAUGAUAUUUUAUUUGAUUAUGCUACUUAAAAAUAAAAUAAUUUGUGUUAAAAUGGCUCAUCAUAACCAUCAAAUAAAACUACUAAUUGCUCUACUUUACUAAAUUAUGUUCAUUUUAGGAAAAAAUAGAAUAGCCUCUCUUAAAUGAGUUCUCAAUUACUGUUUAAUGUUUAUUUAAUAUAAAAGCCUCUACCCACAUCUCAGGAGAAUAGCCUGUGAAUCCUCAGUGCUUCUCAACUCCAACAAUAAUUUUGUCACACAACUGCCAAAAUCUUCCACAGACGUUAUGAUCAGAGUGGUUCUAAAUAAAAUUUCCCUCUGGAGCAAGUAUCCAUGUUGCCCAAAGUACAAGUGUGUGUCCACUGACCUUGUCAUCCAAUAGAACUGCAACAGGCCUGCUAGUGAGAUGUCAUCCAUGAGGUCCAGCAAAUUUCUGUCUUGGUCCUGUGAGAGCUCACAAUCGUGGCUGCUGCUUCCACACACAAUGGUGUAGACAGCAUGUCCCCUUGGCACAUGGAUCAUACAUGUGUUGUACCUCUGAUGACCAUCGGUGGAUUUUAGGCUGUCUUUCACAGUUUAAGGGGAAACCUAAAAAAGAAUUAGCAGGAAGUAGUGCCUCGGACAGCUUAUUCUCCCAGUAUAUGAGAUUCUUUUUGGUCCCAAAAAGAAAGAAUAAUCCUUAAGGCAUUCAAUCAAUUAUUUUAAAGUAGAAACUUGAAUAUAGGAAGAUGUCCCCAUGACGAAUAGAUUCCCUGUCUAUUUGUAUAUUCACUCAAUCCUUAUGCAUGCAAUCAUAUGUUCAUGAAUCAAUCACACUUGCACAUAUUUAAUCAAUUAUUUGAAAAAUGUUUGUCACUGAUGCAGGCACCAAACUAAAGACAUAACAAUGAAUGCAAGGGACAAACUCUUGAUUUCUUGAAGCUGGCAGUCAAGGAGGAGAGAUAAAUUCCAAUGGGAAAAGUUCUGUGAGGGGAGAGCCCCAGGGCCCCCUACCAAGUUCUGAAAGUUCAGGGCUAAGCUGUAUUUGUAUUGGUCAGCAGUGUUUUAGGCCUAUAAAAAGAAAAUUAACUAGGAAAGAAAUGAUAUUUUGCAUUUCCAUUUUCUCAGAGUCUUAAAAUGUUUUUAAAAAUGUGUUUGAAACUAAGACUUUACAUGAAACUUAGGAACUCUACUGAAAUAAGGGCUGAAACUCAUUUAUCCCAGCUCUUAAGGGCAAAACUUGGAAUAACAAGCAGAGCUUGCAAUGGAUCUUGAUUAAAUAUAAAGAAACUGAGCUAUAAAUUUCCAAAUAAUGCACUGGGCAUCCUUACAGAGUUCUAAACUUUCAGCCCCUGGGAGAAUUUAAACAGAAAGAACUUGACCAUCUUUAAGAUUGUUCUGAUUAGGGAUAUAGGAUCUGAGGGGCCUGGAUUUAGAUUCUGUAAUUUUCUGUGAAGAUUUUUUUAAGAUGUCUUUGUUGAAUGGCAGGAUUUCAUUUUAAAAUUUCAUGAACAUCUUGAUUUUUAAUCUUUAAAGCACUACUUUCUACAUGAGAAGCUUUAAAAUAUUGGGGGAAACAGCCUUUUAGUUAUCAUUUAAAAGUUUUCUAACCACUAAGCAUGAAUUUAAGAGCUAGCAAAAAGAAAACAUACUAAGAGGUCUAACUUCAUUCAAAAUACUUCUGGAAGCAUUAUGGAUUUUGACAUAUUCUUAGGCAUUCUCAAGUAAAAUUCUAUUAGAAAUCCAUCUUACUGUUCAUUCAAUAUAAAAAAAUGCACUGUGAUUUGAUAUUCUUAAGUUUAGAGUAAUUUUAUAUAACCACAGAAGAAAAUUCUGCCUACAAGAUAUUUGGGAGCAAAGUAAAUGUACAUGAGAGGCAGUCAUGGAAAAUGCUUGGCUUCUACUACCAGCACGGUGAUUAUAAGGAAGAAACCAACUACAGAAGAAAGAAAGUAGUAAUCUAGGUUUUCUCUCAACUUCAAAAGUUUCAACCUUUAGAGCCAAAUGGCAUCUGAAAUGGAAGCUUCUGGUAGAGGCUCUACUGAGACUAUCUUCUUUCUCAACUCUUUAGUGAAACACAUAUAUAGCUUUUAAUACAAUAGUUGAAUAUCAAGUCUAUACUAUUUCUUAAUAAUGAUUUUCAUAAUGUUUAAAAAAAUAGUGGUUUGGCAUUUUAAUGUUUUUUUUGUUUGUUUGUUUUUGGCACUUUUGAGCUUCCAUACAACCCCAGGAGAUGGAUAAUGCAGAUAAUACAUUCUAGAUGAAUAAGCUGAAUCUUGAAGCAGUGAAUUCAACUCACAUAACAUCAUUUAGCAAGUGAGAACUGCAGCCAGACCUGAGGUCUUUAGAAAUUUCAGAUUCACCUGCCUAUAAGAGAGGCUUUCCAAGUCGACAAUUCUCCACCAUUGCCUUCAAUGAUAUUUUACAUUGCUUGUUCAGAUUUCCAUACUAAAAGUGUUCCUCCAUGAAAGAAAUUCCUACCUAAGAUCCCAUGGCAGAAGUUGGUUAGAACCAAGGGAGAAUGUGAAACAAAAAAUUCAAGAACUUUUGUUAUCAGAGAGAGGCUUGCCAGCUUGCACAUAUUUCAAGAAAAAAGCAGGUCGAAUGGAUGGCAUGGUGGAUUUCAUGAGAAUAAGUUAACACUGAAGGUUUAUGACUCCUCUACUUUAUUUCUGAUUCUCAGUGUUUAAAAAACAUGAAUACUAUUUUCCCUCCUUGGAGAAGGAUAUUGGAAUGAAGCUCUCUCAGAUUUCUGUACCAAAGAGUGUCAAGAGUGGCCCCAUCAAUCACGAUGCUAUUGCUCUGUUCAUGGGUGGGCACACAAAGUUCAUCACACAUGUGGUCACAUACAUAGAGAUCUGAGACACCUACAGGAAAUGAUGCUGUACUUGAACUGGAAGAAGCAGAUAAUAUUUUGCAAUUCUGACUUUCAUAUUUUACCAGGAUCACCUAUGGAUUGGCUGGUGAAUAUGUACAAGGAUGUUAGACCUGGAAAGAAGACAAAAUAAGGAAUAAGAAUGUUUGGAGGAGACAGGUUAAAGAAUACUGUGAGAUCAGGUUCAGUAGGGCAAUUUUAGAAUGAAACAGGACACAAUAGAACAAGAAUGGACGUGAAAAGAAGGUGACUUUAUUAUGUAAGGAUUUUUUUUAUUCCUAAACAUCACACACAGGAAAAUAAGUUGGGCUUUUUCCUUUUUUAUUUUUAUUUUUUAUCUUUUUGCAGUGCAGGAGAGGGAACCCAGGGCCUCGCAUGUGGUAGGCAAGCACUCUACCUCUGAACUACUUGCCCAGCCCCAAAUUGGCUUUCUAAAAACAGUUGAACACUGCUACGGUUUCUUCUAGUAUCUAAGUGAAGAUUGAAUAACCAACUCAGGGAUCAUGUAAAAGUAUAUUCAUAUCUAUGAGGGACCUUGGACUAAAAAACCUACAGUAUUUCCCACAUUUUGAUCUCUAUGACUUUAGACUGGAGUAGACCUCAGUUAGAGUUCAUUCGCUCCCAGGUAACUGCCAAAUAGAUGGCCAUGAAAGCAUUUUUAUAAAAAUGUCAGUCAUCGAGAAUAUAUCCAAAAGCCUUUGGAAGCAUGUAUUUCCCUAAAAAUUUGGUUUGCUUGUACACAACACACACACACACACAUACACACACACACACACACACACACACAGACAUGCACACAUGCAUAUUUGCCAAUUGCUUCCUUAUCCCCAAAUCUGAAAAAGAUGUUUCUACUGAAAAUAAGAGAUUUAGUGUUCCUUUUUCUACUUACUGCCCAUUUGUUUGAUGUGUAGAGUUGGGAUUGGGACUUGGAGAAGGGACUAAGGAUUUGUAUAUUUUCUGGUAAUAAAGAGGCAGGGAGGCGUUUUCUAUGACUUUUUAUUAUUAAGUAAGACUGAACCUCAUAUCACUAGGCUAAUGUUUCUAUAAUGUUCUAUUUAAGGGGAUUACAGUUUUAAUCCCUCAUCUUCCCUCACUUCCAUGAUGGUAAGGACUGAAUCCCCAGAUUUCAAGCAGUAGAAAGAGUUCACUCAAGAUGAUUUAAGAAAUGGGGUCCCACACACAGAGUCCUGCUCAGAGAACUCCUUUCACUUCACUCCCCUUUCUCUCUUGCCCCACUCUGUGCCCCUGACUUGGGAAGGAAAAGGAAAAACAGAGUUGCAAGAGAAAGAAAAACAAUUCUCAAGAGUAGUACAACAAUAAGACCUGCCUGUUAACAGGGAUUCUUGUGACAACUCAAAAAUGAUAUACACCCUUAGCAAAACAGAUGCCUGUGACGAUCAAACUCAAAAAAUAUAGAAAACAGUUAAAACUGUGUAGGGUGACUUCAGGGAGUACAGUUGGAAGUGUUUCAAUUUAUGCGACUUAGAAGAAUUAGUUUUUGUGUGGAAUAUAGGCGAAACAGAUCAGGUAAUGUAGGAACUUUUAAAGAGGUUACAAAGGGUUGGGUUCUUUGUUGAGCAUCGCCCCAAAUGAUCACAGGAACUUAGAACCAUCUGUAGACUUGUAUUGGUCCACAACAAAAUUUGAGAAAAAUAUGGACAAUUGAGUGAGUGUUUCCAUAAAUCUAAAUAUAUUUACUUGUUAAAAAUUCAGAGAUUGUGACUUUGUUAUUUUGGGGUUUAAAUAUAACUUCUUAAAAACGAUAGACAUAAGAGAUACUUACAAAUGACUUUAUUUAUAAAAAUAAAUUUAAAGCACACACAGAUGGUAGCCCUAAGUCAGUCUGUUUACUCCAUUUUUUUUGUUUCAAAUUUAUAGUUAAUUCUCACAAAUAUGUUGUUAACCUUUAUUUUUAAGAUACGUUUCAGCCUUGAUAGUUACUGUAGCUUAUAUAGCGAAUUCACCUAGUUCUUGACCUUUUCUGUUUUAUUAACAAUAACAUUUUCAUCUGCCACCCUCUCCACCACUCCAUUUGUUGGAUUGGGGUGCUCAUCACAUGCAUGCAUAAUUUCCAAUGCAACAAGAAUUUUGAUGCUUGCUGGCAUUCUGAUGGUGGGUUGGGUGAAGUAGGCUCUUGCUGUCCUAGGGAAUGACACUUAGAACUUUUAUAGACAAGGUAUUCUAAUGCAAUAGGAUAUUCCGCAAAGCACAUCUUUGAAAAGUGAGGGGGGUCCUUGUCAGUCUCCAUAAAUGCUGACUUGGCUCUUUAAAAAAAUUGCUAGUGAUUAAUUGGACAACCAUGAAUCUGAAUAUUACGUGGACUCAGCUGAUUGAAAGGGAGGGAAACCAUGCCUGUCAGGAAUUAAGGUCCACGGGACAAUCUUAGUUCCAUAGAAUGAAUAUUUGAUUUAAUUAGAUUUCUGAGUGGAAGAUAUAGUUCCUGCACUUUCAGAGUACCAUAGGCUAUUGGGUAGGCCACUCGCAAAGGCUACAUCUGUAGGAAGAGUUGCAGUCAUAUUUUAAAGGGCUCUUUCGUGGUUUCUGAUUCUGUCCUAUCGCAUCCCAGAGCUUUUUGCAAAGCUGCCAGCUGGCAGGUGGAAUCCCCAUAAUGUAGCAGCUGUGGCAAUAGAAAGAGGAAGUUUUAUUUCCAGGUAAAGUGGGAUCCAGACAAC